CUUCCCCAAGCCAAACCGGCAUUUUCUGUCAAAAUGGCCCCCACAGCUAUUAAGCCUUCUGAUGCCGGCGAUUUUUGGUCACCCAAGGCCUAUUCUACAUCUGCACCCUUUGUGGCGACUUCCUCCCCGACCCUAGUCAAGCUAUUGCAAGCCCACAAAUCUGACAAGAUCCUGGAUGUCGGAUGCGGAGAUGGCGAAUUUACUUCGAAUUUCAUUGAUUCGGCAGGUUUCGUCCUAGGUGUCGACGCAUCCCCUCAGAUGAUCUCCGCCGCACAGGACCGGUUUGGGAGCAAGAAAGCAGAGUUUAGUGUUGUGGACUGCCGGUAUCUCGAUAAGGAAAGCUCUAUUGUGAAUGGCUCUUGGGACAAGGUCAUUACCAAUUCUGCGUUGCACUGGAUUAUGCGGGAUGAAGAUACCAGGGAGUCAACCUUCCCGGCCAUACACUCGGCGCUGAAGCCGCAUGGCCGAUUCUACUUCGAGUUCGGUGGGCAUGGACAUGUGUCCGAAGCUUUCACCGCUCUGAUGUAUAUGCUUGUUCAGCACGGUUAUUCGAUGGAGGAAGCUAGAAAGAUCAACCGAUGGUUUUUUCCUUCCAAAGAGUGGACACAGAAGGCAUUGGAACGAGCAGGAUUUGAGGUUGAGCUCAUCGAGGUUGAGUAUCGACCAACCAAAUUGACAGCGGCGGAAGACGGAGGUUUAGCGGGGUGGAUCAAACUUUUGGGGGCUCCGAUGAUCAAUGCCGUGCCUGCUGAAAAGAGGGAAAAUGCUGUGAAGCAAGUGUGCGAGGUUCUAGAGCCUGUGGUAACGAAAGGCGAAGAUGGUAGCCAAUGGCUUGGUUAUGUUCGGCUUAGGGGUAUUGCAAAGAAAAUAUAG